AUGGCCGAAGCAGCUGGGCUCGCUGCUGGCGCAGUCGGUAUUGCUAUAGCCUUUAAGGGGGCCGUCGACACGGCCCUCUUCAUCGGAUCCUUCUUCGAUAACGGAAAAAGGGAGUACGGCUCUGUCGCCCUCGCUUACCACAUACAAAAAGUUCGGCUGGAACUCUGGGGUAACCAAUGUAAAGUUACGGACACUGAUGACGGCAUGCUUCGCGAAAAGCCACUAUUCAUUAAGGAUGCAGUCGUCCGUAUCCUAGGACAAAUCGAGAAACUGAACGGAGAGGUCAACUUCCUGGCAAAUAAGUACGGCAUCGUCACAUCUAUGACCGACGUACCCGACACCGAUCUCAAUAGGAACCUGCAUCCGGGUAGUGAUUUGGUCAAAAAUAUCGCAAAAGAGGGUUCAAGGGAGCCAAAGCUCAAGUCAGUAGUCGGCUGGGUAAUCAGAGCGAAGUCUGACUUCAAGGAGAAGGUUGAUGAAAUUCGAAACCUCAUCACACACCUACAAGAGAUCACCCUCCAGCCAAGGGAAAUCCAACUCCUGAACAAUAGCCUGGAGGGUCCUGUCCUGGCACCAAUCCGCCGUGAAGAUUUUCCUGAAUUAUUGGUUGAACUGGACACGGGCACUCGUCAGUCACUGGCCCUCUCAGCUCAUGCUAAAUUGCUCCAGUCAAGGAUUUGCCUGAAUUCCACGGGUUCGGUGACCUACAUCGGCCAGCAGCAAAUAGUGCCUGUUCGGGGUUCGCCAGGGCCGGACAACAUCUAUUCCCUCAAGCGCCAUGAUGGACAGAGUCUCACAGUCCGGAUUGAAUGGAAUAAGUUGAGUGCUGGUCCCGACACACAGCAGUAUAUCGACCGCAUCAAUUCGCUGGGAUACAUCCUCGAACGAGUUAGUGAGCCAGCACUGCGAUUGCCGCCAUGUUAUGGUGUUUAUGAUGAUAUGGAAUACGAGAUAAAACAUAAAAUGAAGAGUCGGGAGGAUGUAUAUGACGGCGACCUCCUUAGCCACCCGCCCAUUUCACUGAGCGAUCGAAUAAAGCAAAAAGGUCCCAUACCACUUCUGGGGGAACGUUUUCAACUCGCAUACACCCUUGCUUGUGCUUUCAGUCGUUUUCACGCAGCAGGAUGGUUGCACAAGGGAUUCCACAGUGGCAGCAUUAUCUUCUUCCAUAAGCGCGGUGGACAAGGUGUCGAUGUGACUGAGCCUUUCGUCACCGGCUUCCAAUACUCUCGCCCACAAGGCGCAAGCUCUCUAUCCUUCAGCCCGCUCGACAACAAAGGCCUAGGAUAUUACUACCACCCUGAUGCACAUAAGGGCUCCACUAGGAGGCUAGACCUCUAUAGCUUAGGGGUCGUCUUGUAUGAACUUGGCCGAUGGGGAUUGCUUGCCGAUCGAAAAGAACAGCUUGGCAACCGGACACAGUGGCGGAAGUAUUUGUUGACGAGGGGCUUCAAGGAUCUUGGGUGGAGAAUGGGGGACAAGUAUCAGAGUGUUGUCAAAACAUUGCUUGAUUGCGAUCUACCACCCGACGAUGCUGACCAUGAGUACUUUGCGCAGAAAUAUUUGGAAAAAGUUAUGAGGCCCUUGAGCAGCUGCAGUGCUUGAUUAGCUGGAUUGAUGACGUAGAUCAGGUGACUUCCAGAUGACCCUUCCUUGUCACGUGUCUCGCGUGUCGGGGAUGUGUUGCGUUGCCUCUUUUGGGACAAGAGCAUUGGGAAGAAUUCUGUCAUUUGUACCUAAAGCCAUAGAUUUCCUUUCUUCGGUCAGUUGAAUCUUUUGACCUUUGCAUAGGUAUUAGGUGAUGAAGGAUGUUCGACGGACCAUUAAGAAUGAAACAGAGGAGAAAAGAUGUAGUCUGAGAAGAUGUUCGAAUCAUUGGAUAAUUAUAUUUGUUAGAAAUUCACACUAGCAUCCAGCUUGGGCAUCAUUUAAUAUGCGUUGGUAUGAAAGGUUAAUACAACCUCGAAUCUCACCCUGCUUGCGAUCCAUUCCAAUCGCUACUCCAUAUAAAUGUCCCACAACGCCACUGUGUCCCCUUUUCCUUCUCCCCUGAUGGCCCAAUCGGCCGGGGGCAAAUGAAGAACGACCUGCCUAAAACGAAGUUAACCUCAGAAUACAUAUCUCGCGGAGCGUUGGGAAAGUUACAGGUCGUGUCAG